AUGUUCUCGUUGGAAGGUAAGCGCGGUCUCGUGGUCGGGAUCGCCAACGACAAGUCGAUUGCCUACGGCUGUGCCCGUCAGUUCCGCCGACAGGGCGCGGACCUCGCAGUGACCUUUCUCAACGCGAAGGCCGAACCUUACGUGCGACCCCUGGCGGACGACUUGGGAGCCGAUAUCGUGGUUCCCUGCGACGUUCGUGAACCCGGUCAACUGGAGGCCGUAUUCGCCGAAAUUGAGGCCCGUUGGGGCAAGCUCGAUUUUCUACUGCAUUCGAUCGCUUACGCGCCAAAGGAGGAUCUGCACGGCCGCGUUGUCGAUUGCAGUCAAACCGGUUUUCAGCAGGCUAUGGAUGUGUCCUGCCAUUCCUUCAUUCGCAUGGCCAAGCUGGCUGAACCUCUGAUGGCCAAAGCUGGUGGCGGGUGCUUGAUGACCGUGACCUUCUACGGUGCGGAAAAGGUCGUGCAGCACUACAACUUGAUGGGACCGGUCAAGGCGGCGCUGGAGGCUGCAACCCGCUACAUGGCGGCCGAGUUGGGGGAGAAAGGCAUCCGUGCCCAUGCGAUUUCGCCAGGCCCCCUGCUGACGCGGGCGGCGAGCGGGCUCGAUCGCUUCGAAACCCUGAUGGACCAGGCCCGCGAAAGGGCGCCUGGGCAGCGGCUUGUGACGAUUGAAGAGAUCGGAGCCUUGGCUGUCUAUCUGGCAAGCGACGAAGCCGCGGCCUCGACAGGAACGCUCGCCUACAUCGACGGCGGUUACUCGAUCAUGGAUUGA